CGCGAGGAGCGUAGGGUAUCCUAUCGUCUUACAAGCUUCCUGUUUUACAACCUAAUUCACAACUACCACUUCAGAUACAUCCUGAUACGAUAUCUAACGGUCCAUCAUGUGUUAGGCGUCACGACUAAUCGGAGAAUCACUGUUUACCCGAUUCGGUCCCUGGGUCCUUCAAUCGUCACCGCUCUUUGUUUUGUUGAGAUUACAGCGAGGUUCUUUCAAACACAAAGAAACCUCCAUUUGGAACGUCUUUCACGCGGCCAAUUCGACGGCGAAUAGAACAAUUCGGUCCUCAACAUCAUCAAUUACCUCUCAGAGAGUCUAUAUCGACGAAGCUUAGAAUUUAUCAGUUUGAAGCCAUCAUCCUCACCAACAUGGCGAGCUCAACACCCUCACCCUUCCUGCGUCUCCCCGCGGAGAUCCGGCUCAUGAUCUAUGAGCUGCUCAUCCUCCCCAAUUCCACAAAGGCGCUCGAAGACGACGACCCAUACACCCUCUGCGUCGCAACCAUUAACCCCAGCACCACCGCAGCUCCCAUAGCCCCCCUCCGAACAAUAUACCACACGCACCCCCCUCGCCGCGGCUUCCUCCCCAUCUCCUCCCUCCCGACCACCUGGACCAUCAAACCUCCCCAAUCCGCCGCCCACCUCCGCGAAACGCUCCCCUCCCUCCUCCCCCUCAACCGCCAAAUCUACAACGAAGCCGCCACGGUCCUGCACACGACCUACACCCUCUCCUUCGGCGCCAACAUCGACGCCAUCAGCCCCUUCUUCCGCGACCUCAGUCCCCUCGGCAAGCGCGCCGUGCGCAAGCUCUCCAUUACAAAGCAGGCGCUGCCCUUCGUCAGCAGCAGCCGGGAGGAUGACUGGCGCGCCGCGUGCGCGUGCUUGACGGCGCUCACAAACCCCAACGACGCGAGCGUUCGCGAUGACGGGAGCCCCGCGCAGGAGCCGAUGCUCAACCUCACGCACUUCACGCUCGCGGUCGAGACGGCGGACCAGCCGAGCUACCCCUCGGCGUGGGACCUGAUUGCGCCGGCGACGGCCGAGGAGUUUGCGCUGCUGGCGCAGAUUCGGCGCGAGGACUGGGGGUUGAGCACGCAGGCGGAUAUGCUGUGGGCGGAGGAGGCGAGGCGGAUUAGGGUCGCACGGACGGGCGUGGUUAAGGUGGAGAGUGUAGGCGCGCAGUGUCCGAUUGUGAGGGCGCAGAACAUUAAGUUUUGGGUUAAGAUUUCGAAGAGUAUUGAGGGGUUUGGGCAUUGGAUGAGGGAGGGGAUGGUGAUGAAGGGGGAGGCUGUUUGAGGGGGAUGGAUUGAUGAGGACGCAACGCUAGAUUCAUGAUUGACGGAUAGGUAUGUUUUAUGAGGCAUUUGCGUGGGACAUUGAAGAUAGCAUAUAGAGCGUUAUUUCGCGAUCAAUGAUGGCAUAUCUUUCUAGGACAUUAUUUUGCUGACCUCGUUCUGACAUCAGUUGGAGUACUUGACAUUUUCUGUUCUUUGGAUGAGACUUAAACUUAUGUUCCGG